ACUCGCUGACGUGGCAUUUAAACCUUAAACUCUCCAUUCCUCCAACGUUGUCCCCAACCACAUCACCACCACCACCAUCAUUCCCCUCCCUCCCUCCCUCUUCACACACACAGAACCCCGUAAAGGUAAAGCCAUUCCCCAACCCACCCCGCCCCGGCCCGCCCCCCACAAUAAGAGAAAAGAACACUCAGUUAUUCACUUGGUGAGUGUACGUGUCAGAUCUCCUAAUUAAUUAUUUCCCCCAGCUCGCCGGGGGGGCCUUUGUUGUUUUCUUUCUUGAUUCGUGUUCAUAUGUAGAGAGAGAGAGAGAGAGAGAGAGAGAGGCGGAGAACAGAGAGAAAAAAAUAAUGUUUGAAGUGAAGGAUCCCAAGAUAAAGCUUUUUGGUAAAACCAUUGAGCUGCCGGAGACUUGUGCAGCGGCGGUGGAAAUUGGUGAAGCAGCUCAGUCUUGUGAUGCUGCAGGAGAGGAUAGCUCAAACCAAGACCCCUCCUGUUCAUCUGAUUCUAUGAUUGAUAAUAGCAAUUUGAAUGGAGAUGCAGAGGACCACGAAUCACACAAGUGUCAAUCAGUACCCAAACAAAACGAUGGAAAAGAGGAAGAUGUAGCCCACCCUUCGACAUCAAAUGAAUUAAAAGAAGACGCGACUCCAGCAGCAGAUGAGGAUUCAAAGGCACUGUCUGCUGAUAGUGAUGCUAGAGCAGUGCAAACCUCAAAGACUGAGGAUGACCAGAUCGAGACGGGUAACUCACAGGAGAAAACCCUUAAGAAGCCAGACAAGAUACUUCCAUGUCCUCGCUGCAAUAGCAUGGAAACAAAGUUUUGUUAUUUUAACAAUUACAACGUCAACCAGCCCAGACAUUUCUGCAAAAAAUGCCAGAGGUACUGGACGGCUGGUGGGACCAUGAGGAAUGUUCCUGUAGGUGCCGGUCGGCGCAAGAACAAGAGUUCUGCUUCUCAAUUCUGCCAUCUAACCGUUCCAGAAUCUCUUCAAAGUGCACGAGUUGAUCUACCGAAUGGAGUUCACCACCCUGUUCUGAACCCAAACGGCACCAUCCUUGCCUUUAGUUCAGAUGCACCUCUAUGUGAAUCAAUGGUGUCUGUUUUGGAUAUUGCUGAUAAAACACUUAGAGAUGGAGCAAGAAAUGGGUUCCAGAAACCUGCAGAGAACGGAGAUGAUCAGUCAAGUGGAUCCUCCACCACUGCGAGUUCAAAGGACAAGGUAGGUCAAAUCGGGUUGCCAGAACUAAUACCAAAUCAUCACCCGUUUCCUCCACAGGUACCCUGUUUCCCAGGAGCCCCAUGGCCUUACCCAUGGCCUUCUGUUCAGUGGAGCUCUCUGGUAUCUGCACCUGCUUUCGGGCCCGCUAGCUUUCCUCUGCCGUUCUACUCCACAGCACCACCUUACUGGGGUUGUGCUGUUCCCGGUGCUUGGAAUGUUCCUUGGGUCAUACCACCAGCACCAACUUCUUCACAGAGCCACAGUUCUCCAAGUUCCAGCCCCAAUUCCCCGACUCUGGGGAAGCAUUCAAGAGACGACAACAUCUUGAAGCCGGCCAACUCAGAGGAAGAGACGAGAAAAGAAAGCAACUCUGAGAAGUGUCUGUGGGUUCCAAAAACAUUGAGAAUCGAUGACCCUGGAGAAGCUGCCAAGAGUUCCAUAUGGGCAACAUUAGGUAUAAAGAACGACAGAGUUGAUCCUGUUGGUGGAGGUGGGCUUUUCAAGGCCUUUGGCAGCCAAUCGAAGGGCGACUGUAAGGCUCAGGCCCCAGAAACGUCCACGGUAUUACAAGCCAAUCCAGCAGCAUUGUCCCGGUCAUUGAGCUUCCAUGAGAGCUCGUAAUUCCUUCUGCUUCUAAUGCUACGGACCAAAGUGGUCGGUUUUCAGGGUAUGUUACCUUAAUUUCUUGUCAAGAUGUGAUUAGUGGAAAUAGCAACUAUAAAAUAGGUGGUCUUUGGUAGGACAUAGAUGGUUUUUUUGGCUUCUUUAGUUCUUGUACAUAAAACAUUAUGAAAAUUCUGAGAGGUGGAAGAGAGUGAGAUUUCUGUUUGUAUAUCCCAAGUCCACAUGCAGCAAAAUAAGUUGGGAGUAGACUUUCUCUGUAUCAUUAUUUCCGCUUAUUUUGGACAUCUGAAUAUUAGAUUGUGAUUAUACCA